AUGGAGGACCCGAUGGCGUUCAUCAACGAAGUGAGCAAUCCCGACGUGUUAGAGCAGGCCAUCAGCAUGUAUAUCCGCUCCAAACGCCGACAAUCCCAAGAUGAUACCGUCGUACGUGGUGGUUCGCGGCCGGGCAAGCGCCCUAACAUCAAUCGCCAGCGUGAGUUCUACGCCCGUUUGCUUCACCAGGACUACUGGGGACCAUUGCCCAUCUACGACACCGAGCACUUCCGUCGCAACUUCAAACUUCCGAUAGACUUGUUCGACAAGAUCAUGGCGGACAUCACGAACCACGACGAAUACUUCCAGUUAAGGCUUCAGUUAUCUGCCUCGUGCGGGUGCGGCACGGCCUACCUGCCGCUGCCCGACAAGAAGAAAAGAUAG